AUGGAACCGGCCUACUGGGAAUGUCCCAAAAGCGACACAACCGGCGACACUAUCUCCAACAUUAUUGUAUUUUUGAGUUGUUCCAGCCUUAUCCUAAGCCUCAGCCUCCUGACAGCGCUCUGUUUUCUAACCGGCAAAACAAGGACCUAUCUGACCCAUCUGCGAGCUAUUACAGCAUCUACGGUACUUUGCAGUUUGAUCGGUUUCUGCAAUAACGUAAUUCCCGCGCGAUUCGUGCCCACGGACUAUAUUUUCGGCCGCAUUGUGUGCCAUAUCUGGAGAAGCCUCUACCUACUGCACGCAUCCUACAUAUUCAGCGGUCUUAACCUCGUCUUCAUGGUGGGACACCGAGCAAUUCAGAUUGGUGACAAGUACCAGAACUCCCACGCUCCGACCAUGUUACCAGAUUUAACCUGCGUGGUACUGAUAGGAGUGAGUAGCGUGCUAAGUAUAAUAUGCCAGGUAUUUGUGGUGGAAUGGAAUGGAAGCGAUUGCCUCUGUCGAGAAAAAGGGCUACCCUACUUGGUGCUUGUGUCUGCUUACGUGGGAACCUUUGUCCGAUUUGGUCUAACCGUUAUCAUAAGCCCCAUUAUCAUGGGCAUUUCCUGCUAUAAGAUUGCCCAAUGGGUGCGUAAGACAUCACCGGAGAAGCUCUUUGACACCUGGAAUGGUCUGGCUUUUCCAGGGGCAACUGAACAGCAGGUGAUGGAACUCCUUCGACCGCGAGGCUGGAUGACAGCAUCUAUGUGCACCGUACCACUUUCAAUAAAUAUGGUGGCAUGCAGUCUGUACAUCACCGUCCACCAGUUUGUCUGUGCGGUCGGUUUGUGCAGAGUGGAGUUGGACAGGGCAUCCUACAGGAUGGGAAUACUGCUCAUUUACCUUCAGUUAUUUUUCUCGCCUAUCAUUAUCGCUGUCUACAUUCCGGCGCUUCGAGACCCAGUUGAACGCAGCCUCAAACGACUGCUGUCUAGGCUCAUCCUAAAAGCGCAGAAGUGGGUUGAAACUGAUGCAGCAGAUUUGCAAGUUCCCUAA